AUGGGCAAAGUGGGGGAACACGCUCGGUCCGUGGUCGCGCCCUGCCCGAUUCCUGCGCUCUCCCCCGCAGGGCUGUGGGCACAGCUGAGGUUGGAGGAGGCCGGCGGAGGGCACCGAGCGCCCGGGGAGUCCGUGCUCCUCUCCUGCCGCGGGUCCGGCUUCACCUUCGAGAAUCAUUAUGUUCGCUGGUACCGUCAGGCACCCAGAGUGGGGGUCGAGUGGGUGUCCUGGAUAAGCCAUUAUUCAUCACAGAUUCAGUUUGGGCCAGCAGUGGAGGGUCGAGCCUCAGCCUCCCGGGACAAUUCCCGCUCUGAGGCAUCUCUCAGCCUGCACCUCCUGCACGCUGGGGACUCUGCCCGCUACUUCUGUGCUGUUUGCACAGAGAUACGAAUGUGUGUAACUGCUGCUCUUGUCUUUGGGAAAGGAACUCAACUGACAGUGGAGCCAAGCAGUCCAAAACAUUCUGUCCCACAAGUCGUUGUGAUGAAAUCAAAGAAACUGGAAGAAGGAGGCAGCACUGGGAAAGCAGCUUGUUUGGCAAGGAAUUUCAGUACAAAGAACAUCAGCUUGGAGAUGUCCUCUGAUGAGGUCGUGUAUGAACAGAGCACACCCAUUCUGGCGUCAGAGGGGCUGUACAGUGCUAUGAAGGUGGUCAGUGUGACAAAAGACACAGAGGUGACCUGCAAGGCCCAUUUGGACAUUGGCACCAUUACAGCAUUGUCAGAAAAGGAGGCUGACGAACCCGUAACGAGGACCAGUAACAGGGUUUGCAACAGCACAGACACCUCUGCCCAAGGUACCACAGUGCAGAGAGUGAACAUGCUGUCUGUGGCUGUGCUGGGUUUGAGAGUCCUGCUGGCAAAAAGCAUCGCCUUCAAUACACUCAUGAGUAUCAAGCUGGUUCUUUUCUGAGACAUGUGGAGUCAAGGCAAGAGGAACCUGAAGAACUGCAGGAAAGAACGUGAACCAGCAGCACAACGGGCUGGACAAGCAGUGUCACAUCUGCUGACAGUGAGCACCCAGAACACAACACAGCCCCUUCCCCUUUAGACAUUUGAUGCUGUUCAAUCCUGCCCAGCCAGUUCAUUUAGAUUUAAGAGUUGUAACUGCUUUUGCUAUUUCUUUUUCUCUGUGCACUGAGGAGAGUGCAUUUCUCCUCAUCCUCCUGCUGAGUAGAUCUCCCCACUGUUCUGGCAUUUACACAGGAAUGUCCAACCUGCCUCAAUAGUUGUAGAAAAACCCAAUCCUCACUAUUGAUACAUAUAGAUAUAUAGAGAGCUAUAUAAUGUUUUAAAUCAGGUUUCACAGGCAUGUUGUGUUACUGUCUGUAGAACUGGUGUGUUACUGCAGAGACAAUUCAGGCACAAUAGUUGCCAUUUAUAGCUUUGGUUUUUAGACAGCUUUAUUAACAAUAAUUUCCUAUCAUGCCUGAGAAGUGAUCCAAUUCAAACAGAUAAUGUUCAACCAUAGAAACAUUUCUUCCUUAAACCUGUAUUUCUUCUGCAAAAUAUAUCCCACAUGCAUUUUAGUUUCCUGUAGUAGUGACAAAAAUAAAAUUUUCCUUGACCAAAA